AUGAGACUCAUUACACAUAAUAUGUUGCAAUGCCACGUUAAAAACUGCAACAACAACAAUUUCCCUCUUAAAUUUCAGAAUGUGCAAGUCGAGUUAAUAGAAGCAGAUUUCAAUCCUGAAUUCUUAGCAAACAUGUUGAAUAAAGUUGAAUGGGACGCUUUGUAUUCUACUGCUAUUGAGCUCGGCAUCAAUACCCUUCCUGCACAAAUUCCUGAAAAUGCAGCUGAAAACGAAGAGUUUUUGAAAGCUUUACACAACGUCUUAUUGGAAACACAUGUUCAACAAGGAGAGAUGGUUUGCCCCAACUGUCAACAUAUCUACAGAAUUAAAGACGGUAUUCCCAACAUGCUGUUGGCUGAACAUGAGAUUUAA